AUGGCACUAGCCAGAUUGUUAACGAUAAUAAUAUUCAAUCUUCCUUGGCAGGCAAGCAACGGACAACAAAAUGGUGUUUCAACAAGUAAUCUGGCAUCUCAACAAGCUUUACAAAAUAGUGUUGGGUUUAUCCCACAAAAUCUAAACCAAAAUGUUGAUUUUGGAAAUACUAAUGUACAACAUGGAAGUCCACAACAAAGCUUAAGUAUGCAGCAGCUUUCAAAUAUACCGAUGCAAACAUUUAAUAUUCAGCAACCAGCCGGUUCUCAACCGCAAGUUAAUUCGCAACUAGUAAGUUUCCAACCAGUCGUACAAUCUAUUAACCUUCAACCUGAAGUAUCUCAAGGUUUAAAUUUACAAGAAAACGUAUCAAAACAUGUUAAUGUAGAUCAAAUUUUAUCACAUCCUGGUAAUUUUCAGCAAGGAACGUUAGUCCAGCCUACGAAUUCACAGCCAUGCUUGAAUACAAACUCAGCAGCCCAUUCUGUGAGUUUACAAACGUCAGUGCCAGUACAAUCUCUGAAUUUCCAACAAGUUUAUCCCUUACAUUUGCAACAAUCACGGGACGUUGAAGCUGGAAAUUCACAACAACAAACGUCGCUGCAGUCAGUAAACUUACAAGAUACACUUCCUCUAAAUUUUCAGCAACAAGCAGAACCUCAGUGGAUUAAUCUAAACCAAGAACAAGUGCCACAUCAUGUCGUUGUACAACAACAGGCUUCACCACAAUCUGUUCAUGUGAAACCGCUGUCGAUUGUCCAACCAGUGACUUAUCAACAGACUGUGCCAGUACAUGAUUCACCUAAUGCUAUACAAUUAAAUUUACAACAGCCAUCCUCAUCAUUGCAGAAGUCUUCUUGUAGUCCAAUGUCGAACCAACAAACAAGCUUACAACAGAACCAACAACAACAAAUACCUCUUAAUAAUAUUGGUGGCUAUCAAGAUAUUUCGUAUCAAAAACCAUAUCAGCAGACCGAAGUUUCUUCGUUGCCUACACAAGCACAUUUGGUAAAAGUUUCAGUGAGUCCUAAUCCAACGGUGAUAGCAGCCAUGCCCGCUGGAUCAACUAAUAGUCACGUUGUUAAACAAACAACAGAUCACGUUUAUGUUGUAAGUCCUCAAAACUAUGUUUCUUCCCCAACGUAUAAGCCUGUAGUUAUCACAGAUAAUUCACCAUAUAUUUCAACAGGACCCACAGUUGGUACAAUUACGACUGUUUCGAAUUCUGUGCCAGUAUUAUCUACAAAUCACCUAACCGACAAUUAUAAUCAACAUCUGGAAUUAAGAGAAAACUCAGGAUCAAAUUUAAAAAUACCGGAUGUAGCGUUGAAUAUUUUACAAGGUCAAUUGCCUAUUACUUCCUUGUUAAAUCCACCAACAUCAUCUAUCCAGUCCGCUUUGUUAUCAUCUAUUUUAUCUUCCAUAAAAGGUCCUUCUGCUUCUUCCCAAUAUGUAGUGUCGCCGAAUUAUUCAGCACCGACGAUUUUAAAUCCACAAUUUAGUUCUCAAAGCUCAAAGUUAAGUUUAAAGAGUUUGUUACCCAUUUUAUUAAAUUUACUGCAAGAUAAAUAUUCAAACUGCGGAUGUCGACACUGUUGUAAUUGUGAAUGUUCACAAAAUAAUAACAUUUUUCACGAACCUCAUACAACUUCCCAACAUUUUAACGAAAAACUGUUAACGGAUUUAGAAGAAACGCCUAUAAAAAAUAACGAAUAUAAAGAAGUAAGAGAUACACCUGUGCAUCAGAAAGAUCGUAAGACACCGCACAAGAAUGUGAAUAUAAUCCCAGAUGACAGUACAGAGUUAGAUGACGAGAAUUUGAGUAGUUUAGAGGAGGAUGAAGAAUAUGACUCUAACGAAAAUUAUGACGAUGAUUCGUAA